CAGAGCUUUAAACAUUGGUUCUGAUACAGAAACCCAACGCUGUAAACGGUCUCUCGUCUAAAGCUAUCAAACGCGGAUACUCGCACAGCAAUGGCUACCCCAGAAGAAGAAGCGAAGCUCGAACGGUUCCUCCAUUGGUUACAGGUGAACAGAGUUGAACUACGGGGUUGCAAGAUCAAGUACUGUGAUUCCAACAAAGGGUUUGGUAUUUUCUCUGCUAAUGAAGCUUCUGAUGGUGUUCUAUUGGUUGUUCCACUAGAUUUAGCAAUAACUCCUAUGAGAGUGUUGCAAGAUCCUCUUCUUGGACCAGAAUGUAGAGCACUGUUUGAAGAAGGAGAAGUAGAUGACAGGUUCUUGAUGAUUUUGUUCCUAACUCUAGAGCGCCUUCGUAACAAUUCUUCAUGGAAACCGUACCUUGAUAUGCUUCCAACCACUUUUGGAAAUCCACUUUGGUUUACUGAUGAUGUGCUUUUGGAGCUGAAGGGAACAACGUUGUAUCAGGCCACUGAAUUGCAGAAGAAAAGGUUGCAAUCUUUCUAUGAUAAUAAAGUGAAGGGAUUUGUGAAGAAACUUUUAGCUCUUGAUGGGGAUUUAGAAAGUGAGGUGUGCUUUGAAGAUUUCCUUUGGGCAAAUUCUGUAUUUUGGUCUCGUGCUUUGAACAUUCCUCUGCCACAUUCUUAUGUAUUUCCACAAACUCAAGUAGAGGACAGUAACUUUUCAGUUGGCAAAGAUUCUGAGAAUUCCACUAAUCACAUUUCCAGUGGAGAGUUGAUCAGUGGAAGGGAUGAAAAAGGAUGUAGGGUUCAGGAUGUUGAUAGGCAAGUCAAUGGAGUGACUUCCACAUCAAUUCAAGGGGAGACUAUUUGGGUGGAGGGUCUUGUGCCUGGCAUUGACUUUUGCAAUCAUAAUUUGAAGGCGGCAGCAACAUGGGAAGUUGAUGGAACAGGAUCAAUAACCGGAGUUCCUUGCUCUAUGUACCUUCUUUCUGCUGAACAAAGUCCUUUUGAAAUCGAGACAGAGAUUUCCAUCAGCUAUGGUAACAAAGGAAAUGAGGAACUACUUUAUCUGUAUGGUUUUGUCAUUGAUAACAAUCCGGAUGACUAUCUAAUGGUCCAUUAUCCCAUGGAGGCAAUCCAGAAUGUCCCCUUUUCUGACUCGAAGGCCCAGCUUCUUGAAGCACAGAAGGCUGAACUGCGGUGUCUUUUACCAAGAAGUUUGCUGGAUCAUGGCUUCUUUUCAGAAUGCACAGCAAAAAGCAAAGGGAAUGAUAAGUGUGAGGGUCGAGUUUGCAACUAUAGUUGGAGUGGUCAGCGCAAGACGCCCUCUUACUUAAACAAGCUGGUUUUUCCCGAGAAAUUUUUAACUGCCUUGAGGACCAUAGCCUUGAAGGAGGAUGAGCUUUUUCAGGUUCAAUCAAUGCUGGAAGAGCUUGUUGGAUCUGGAGGGGAGAGGCAACCAUCUGAUACAGAAGUCCGUGCAGCAGUAUGGGAGGCUUGUGGUGAUUCUGGAGCUUUGCAAUUGCUUGUUGAUCUUCUCCAGACAAAGAUGAUGGAUCUUGAAGAGAAUUCUGGAACAGAGGACUGUGACAUUGAACUUCUUAAAGAAGUUUGCACUGCUGAAAGCCAGGAGCAGCCAAUAAGGUACAAGAAAAAUUUGAGCAAAGAAUCAGAUGGCCUAACCAAACAGAAGUCGAGUAGAAACAGGCGCUCAUGCAUCAAAUAUCGAUGGGGGCAAAAGCAACUGACCCGUUUAUUUCUGAAGGAAGCAGAGCAUGCCUUGCAACUAGCACUGAGUGAAGGGAAGUGAAUGUUUUUUAGUUUCCCCUUUAUCAUUUUAGAACAUGAGUUUCGUGGUUGGCAAUUUUUUCUGAGAAGUCAGAAAUUUUCACAGGCUAUUUCCAGUUUCCAGGUAUGAUUUUUUUAAUUGUAGAGAAGACUAAACUUAUAUUCAUAAACUACACUCUUAAAACAACUA